GCUCCGAUGAACCCGUCUCUUACUUUACCUCCUUGGAGGAAAACCCAACUGGAGCCCCUCCUUUUUCUGCCUUCGGCUUGGGUCCUAUAUUAUAAACCAAAGGGAGGAAGGACAGCUAGCUAGCUGUAUCAGAGAGCCCCAUACCUAGUCGAUCGUCUGCUCUCUUCUGCCUAGCUAGAGUUCCGGGCUGAGACUAAGAAGAGGUCGAGAUGGGGAGGGGAAGGAUUGAGAUCAAGAGGAUCGAGAACACCACUAGCCGGCAGGUGACCUUCUGCAAGCGCCGGAACGGGCUCCUCAAAAAGGCCUACGAGCUCUCCGUCCUGUGCGACGCCGAGGUGGCGCUCAUCGUCUUCUCCAGCCGCGGCCGCCUCUACGAGUACUCCAACAACAGUGUCAAGGCUACAAUUGACAGGUACAAGAAGGCACAUGCUUGUGGCUCAACCUCUGGGGUACCUCUCAUAGAAGUCAAUGCUCAGCAAUACUACCAGCAAGAAGCUGCAAAGCUGCGCCACCAGAUCCAGAUGCUGCAAAGCACUAACAAGCACUUGGUUGGUGAUUCUGUUGGGAACCUGUCACUCAAGGAGCUGAAGCAACUCGAAAGCCGGCUUGAGAAAGGCAUUGCGAAGAUCAGGGCCAGGAAGAAUGAGCUCCUAUCUUCUGAGAUCAACUACAUGGUCAAAAGGGAGAUAGAGCUUCAGAGUGACAGCAUUGAUCUCAGAACCAAGAUUGCGGAGGAGGAGCAGCGGUUGCAGCAGGUGACUAUCGCCAGGCCCUCGGUGGCGCCGGAGCUGAACCCUUUCACCGCACUGGACAUGAAGUGCUUCUUCCCUGCCAACCUCUUCGAGGCGGCGGUGCAUGCGCACGCGCAGGCACAGGCUCAGGCUCAGGCUCAGGCCUCGCUUCAGCUGAACCUAGGCUACCAGCAGCUUGCUCCACCGGGCGCCGGCGAUGUGGCUCAUCAGUUCUAGUCAACCUGCAGGAGCUCUUGCUUGACUACACACACUGCAAUAAAACUGGAAAGUCGUCGGCAGUGUUAUCAGUACUCAACUGUUCCGGUCAAACCGUCUGGCUAAGAUAUAUGUGUGCUAAGUUUUAUUGUCUCAAGUACCUCUAAAUUUGCCGCUGGUGUAGAACCAAAUUUCUGAGAUAAAACCUAUUGAUUAAUAAUUAUUUUUUUCCUUUUCUUUUUUGAUGAAAAGGAGGUCGAAA